AUGCUGUGUGUUGCCGGUCAAUUGGUCUCCUGUGCGUGCGCGUGCGUCGCAGUGCACUACCAGAAACGCUACAACAGAUUGCACCGGUCCAUCUACGGGCUCUCCUACGACACACAGUCGCUGACGGUCGCGUACAGGGCAGUGUCCGUGUACUGCUCGCUGCUGUACAAGUGCAACGGCACGGUGAGGGGGCAACUUACACGCAGGUGGCCUCGGUUCUACGCUCUCUCUGGGCCCGGUGCACCGGUGCAACCUUGGAUCGUGCUCGCCGAUCUCGCUGUUCUCGCAAGUCUGCUCGGUUUGAUCAGACAGCUUGCAGCGUACAACCACACGAGACAUGUGCACCAGGGUUACUCCUUUAUCGCGUGGGCUAAUUUCACGCUUACACUGGGUGCCCUUGGCGUCGGUUCCCUCCUGUGUGCCCUCUGGAGGGGCCCCAGGGGUCCCGGUCUGCUAGGACUGUUUCUCCUCGACCACGUCAACUUCACGUGGGUGAUCGGACAGUACAUCUGUGCGGUAGCGCUGUGGCCGCAGAUAUGCAUCAACUGGAUGGGGACUUGUUGCAGCGGCAUCUCGUCCCGCUUCGUAGUCGUCUCGCUGGUAGGGGCGCUCGUGCGCGUAUUCACCAACACAAACGUCGGAAACAACGUGCCCUUCUACAGGUGGCCCUACAACGUCACUACAAGGCUCGCAAACUACAUAGAGCUGGUGUCGCUGUGUAUUAUCCUCCUACAGGCGCAGAAAGUGUACGUACACAACAAGCCGCGACUGCCAAAAGUAGGCCAGAUACAGCACUACAACGGCGGGGUGGUAUGA